AUGCGCAUGAUGAAUGCGGAGCAGUACGAGUUGCUCCGAGAAAUCAUCCACAGGCAAACGACACUCGGAGCACUUCCGUUGCGCGUCUUCUUGACAGGACCUGCGGGAUGCGGUAAAACGUUUGUCCUAAAGCUCGUCAUGGACGUUUACAACCGCUAUAACGAUAAUGCAGGUCCAUACAAUGCAUUCGUCAUUUGCGCGAGCACGGGAAAGGCGGCCGUGGCUGUAGGCGGAACCACCGUGCACUCUGCCUUCAAACUCACUCGCAACAAGAAGGACCUCGGAUUGGGCGACAGCGAACUGAAUACCUUACGAGUUGCUUUCCGUUACGUCAAGUGCAUCAUCGUUGACGAGGUUAGCAUGCUGUCGUCUGAUAACCUCAAUGCCAUCGAUUGUCGCCUCAAGCAAAUCACCCAAAAGCUAGACGAACCCUUCGGAGGCCUCGACGUCAUCAUGUGCGGUGAUUUGCGCCAGUUACCACCCGUCCGCGCAAACGAGGUGUACAAGAGGUGCAGAGAAGCGGGUGGGCUCUUCGGGGCCACAAUCAAAUGGCACUACCUCGAUUACUUUCCGCUCGUCCUAGUCGUCAGACAAUCCGAUGCCUCCUUCUCGGCUCUGCUCACAAAGAUUGGAGACGGAAGAGCACUUCAGGACGAUGAGGUCCGACUACUGGAGAGCUGCUUCGUCACCACAGAAGAAGUCUUGGUUCGUGCGUCCUCGGCGAUACGACUCUUCUACUCCAACGAAGAGGUCAACAAAUUCAAUACUUUCAUUGCACAGCGAGGAGGAGAGAAGUCGUUUCACUGCAAGCCGAAGAUACCUACCUGGGGUGCGCCAACCAAGACGCUCUAA